AUGUCAACAAAAGAAAUUGAACUAUGUGGUAAGAAGUUGGAUCUUCAUAUGGAGGAAGGUUUGAAACUUUGCUGUGUAACGUCUAUAAGAAAUAUCACCAUCCCAGCUGGUGUGGAGAUUAUAAUUCCUGGCAGAAUCCACGAGGAGGUGCAAAACAGUGUACAUGGAGGUACAGCUUUGAUCGAGCCACACCCUCAUCUUAUUGCAAAGGAUGGACUGAUAGGUGCACAUAGUUUGGCAGUUGUACCACAUAACUCUUCGACCGUUCCUGUUAGAAUAAUGAACGUGUCUACUGAGCCAGUCACUAUAUUCAAAUCGAGUAAUAUAGGAAAGCUUAGUAUGAUUGACCAGAUUAUAAAAGAUAAGACCACAAAGCAGUCGCAAAAGCAAAAGUUACCUGGCCAUCUCCAUGAUCUGUUUCAAAGGUCCAAGACAAAACUGGACCAAAACCAAGAAAAAUUAAAACAGUUCAUGGUAGAUAAUGAAUCAUCGUUUGCCAAAGAUGACUUCGAAUUAGGCAGGACGAAUGAAGUGAUGCAUAAGAUCAAUUGUGGUUCUGCACUACCUAUUAAGCAAAGACAAAGGCGUGUGCCUCUUCAUCAGAAAAAGGAAGUCGAAGAUGCACUUAAAAAGAUGUUGGAACAGAAUGUCAUCGAAGAAUCAAGAUACACAAGAAAAGAUAGUCUGCGGAACCAUCUUAGCCGAGAACAUCCCGGAGUUUUGCAGACCAAAAUACAACCCAAACUAAAAAGCGUAGUAAACAAGGUAGACUCCAUGACAUCUAAUAAAUCUAAACAGCCAAAUAAAUUUUGCCCGAGAACGGAAAGCAAGGCACCAAUGACUAUUUCCGUUGACAAACGAAAAAACAAUCCAGAAGUGAAUUCGACCAAAAAGCCGGCGAAGAAGUUGGGUGAUAAAAAACUUGAAGAAGAACUUAUUGUAUCAUCUUCUUCUUCGGAUGAUGAUCUAGGAGAAGAUCCACAGAUUAUCAUUGACGUCGUGCCUACCGACACAGAGGGAGCAGAAGGCAGUAACAUGAUAUUAGAUCCAGCCACUGGAAAAUUCAGAAAAAUGGAGACGCGCUUCAAAGACAUGGCGUGUCAGGUAAACCAGAUUAUGAGCUACACCCUGGAACUGGUUUUCGAAGGCAUGGGUAUUGUAGAAGAAAAUAGUAGUAGUCUGUAG